GUGCUUCCCUCUCCAAUUUGGACUCAAGGGUUUUACUAUCCUGCUGGGGUUGCAUCUCUGAGCUCAGGAAAGAACAUCAGUAUUAGCAAGACUGCGGUGGUGCACACAUUUAAUCAUAGCACUUGAGAGGCAGAGGAAAUGCUGUCUUUCAGGGAUGUGGCCAUUGAUUUCUCUGCAGAGGAGUGUGAAUGCUUGGACCUUGAUCAGUGGACUUUGUACAGGGAUGUGAUGUUGGAGAAUUUCAGCAACCUUGUGUUCCUGGGACUUGCCUCCUCUAAGCCAUACCUGAUCACAUUUCUGGAGCAAGGACCAGGAUCUUCAGACAUGAAGAGACAAGGAGCAGCUGCCAUGGAAACAGGGAAUAAACACUCUACUGGCAACGAAUGUGGCAAAGCCCUUCCUUGGAACUCACAACCUAUUAGCCACCAGAAAAUUAAUCUAAGAAAGAAGCCAUAUAAAUGUGAAGAAUGUGCUAAGAGUUUCCGUUCUCCAUCAUUACUUUGUGUACACAGGAGAAUUCAUACAGGAGAGAAACCCUACAAGUGUGAAGUAUGUGGCAAGGCCUUCCGUGCUCUAUCCUUACUUUCAAAACACAAAAUUGUUCAUACAGGACAGAAACCCUACAAGUGUGAAGUAUGUGGCAAGGCCUUCUAUUUUCCAUCACGACUUUCUCUACACAAAAGAAUUCAUAUACGAGAGAAACCCUACAAGUGUGAUGUAUGUGGCAAAGCCUUCUGUUUUCCAUCACUGCUUUCUGAACACAUGAGAAUUCAUAGAGCAGAAAAACCCUACAAGUGUGAAGCAUGUGGCAAGGCCUUCAAUUAUCCAUCACAACUUUCUCUACACAGUAAGAUUCAUACAGGAGAGAAACCCUACCAGUGUGAGGUAUGUGGCAAGGCCUUCUGUUUUCCAUCAAAGCUUUCUCUACACAAUAAAAUCCAUUCAGGAGUGAAACCCUACCAGUGUGAGGUAUGUGGCAAGGCCUUCUAUUUUCCAUCACAACUUACUGUACACAAGAGGAUUCAUACAGGAGAGAAACCCUACCAAUGUGGUGUAUGUGGCAAGGCUUUUUAUGUUCCAUCACAACUUUCUUUACACAAGAGGAUUCAUACGGGCGAGAAACCCUACAGGUGUGAAGUUUGUGGGAAGGCCUUCUGCAUUCCAUCACAAUUUUAUGAACACCAGAGAAUUCAUACAGGAGUCAAACCCUACCAGUGUGAAGUGUGUGGGAAAGCCUUCUAUUUACCAUCACGACUUUCUGAACACAAGAGAAUUCAUACAGCAGAGAGAUCCUUCAAGUGUGAAGUAUGUGGCAAGGCCUUCAAAAGUAAACCAGUACUGUCUGUACACAAGAGGAUUCAUACAGGAGAGAAACCCUACAAGUGUGAAGUGUGUGGCAAUGCCUACAGUCGUCGAUCAGGACUUUCUGUACACAUAUGGAUUCAUAUAGGAGAGAAACCCUAUAAGUGUGAGUUAUGUGACAAAACCUACAAUAGUCGAGCAGGACUUUCUGUGCACAAGAGGGUUCAUACAGGAGAGAAACCCUACGAGUGUCAAGUAUGUGACAAAGCCUACAACAGUCGAUCAGGACUUUCUGUGCACAAGAGGGUUCAUACAGGAGAGAAACCCUUCAAGUGUGAGUUAUGUGACAAAGCCUACAAGAGUCGAUCGGGACUUUCUGCACACAGGAGUUUCCAUACAGGAGAGAAACCCUCCAAAUGUGAAGUAUGUGGCAAAACCUUCAAAAGCCCAUCAGCAUUUUAUACACACAAAAAAAUUCAUACAUAAGAGAAACCCUUCACGAGUCAAGUAUGUGUCAACGACUUCUAUAUUGCAUCACAAGUUUCUGAACACUAGAACAUUCAUACAGGAGUGAACUCCUUCAAGUGUCAAGUAUGUGACAAAGAUUUCUAUAUUCCAUCACAACUUUCUGUACACAAGAGGAUUCAUAUAGUAGAGAAACCCUACAAAUGUGAAGUAUGUGGUCAGGCCUUUACUGAUCUGUCACAACGUGCUAAAUAUAUAAGCAUUCAUCCAGGAGAAAGAUGUUGAAAUUGUAAAGUGUGGCAAGGAUUUCAAUUCUCCAUCAGCACUCUCUAGACACAAGAGAAAUCAUGCAUGAUAGAACCCUGGAAGUGGGAAGUGUGUGUCAUGACUCCAUGCUGCAUCAUUAUUUGGUGUUGCAGGAACGCCUUUCGCUCCUUCAGCCAAUAGCCGCUGAAAUACCAGCCCACUGGGGCGUGGUCUAUUUCUCCUUGAAAAAGAGCGGCAGCACUCUGCUAGCUCUCUUGCUUCUGGCUCUUGCUCCAGUGACUAGACUGCUUUCCUAGCUGUCGGUGUUCUGUAUGUUUUUCCCCUAAAAUAAAUACCCCUUUGAAUCCAAACUGGUGUGGGAUUGUUUCGCACAUUAAUUUAAAGUACUUGAGAGAAUUCAUACAGGCAAGAAAUCAUACAACUAUGUGUAAGGGCUUCUGUUCCAUCAUGACUUUCUGUACAGAAGAGCUGUCAUAUAGGAGAGAAAUCAUACAUGUGUUAAAUGUGUGGCACGUCCUUCAGUUACUCAUAAGGACUACCUAUAUACAUGAGCAUUCAUACAGGAUAGAACCCUAAAACUGAGAAGUAUGUGCCAAAGUCUUCCAUUUUCCACCAUUACUUUCAGAACACAA